GCAGCGCCCCGGCCCGGCCCCCCGUGCGCCCUCCCCAUGGGCGCUGCGCCCUAGCGCCGGACCAUGGCCAAGUGGCUGACCAAGUACUUCAGCCUGGGCAACAACAAGGCCAAGAGUCCCCCGCAGCCGCCGCGGCCCGACUACCGGGACCGGCGCCCCGGGGCCGAGCUGCUGGCCGCGCACCGCCACACCUCGCCCCGCCUGGCGCCCCGCCACCUGUGCGACGACCCCGGCGAGCUGCUGCGCGCCUACCGCGCCCAGAAGGAGCGCGACUUCGAGGACCCCUACAGCGGGCCCGGCUCGUCCCUGCGCAAGCUGCGCGCCCUGUGCCGCCCGGAGCCCUGCGCGCCCGAGGAGCCGGCCGCCAAGCCCCCCUCGGCCGCCGGCUCGCCGCACCUCUUCCGCAGCCAGAGCGAGCGCCGGCCGCCCACCCCGCCCGACGGCCGCUACCUCUCCCCCAAGCACCGGCUCAUCAAGAUCGACAGCGGCUGCGAGGGCGCGGGGGGCUGCAAGGGCGCCGCCGCCCCGGCCAUCACCUGGAGCCCGCCCGGCGGCGCCGGCAAGAAGGUGGGCAAGUGCCCGGAGCCGCCGGAGAGCAGCGUCCCUUCCGCCAAGCCGGAGAAGGUCUUGAUAGCAGAUGACUACUCUGAUCCGUUUGAUGCCAAGAGUGAGCUGAACAAAGCGCUGAAAGGAGAAAACACUGGCUACAUGGAACCUUAUGAAGCCCAGAGGAUAAUGAGUGAAUUUCAAAGGCAAGAAAGCGUGAAGUCCCAGCAGAAAGGCAUUCAGCUCUAUGACACGCCCUAUGAACCAGAAGGCAAUGGUGUGGAGUCCGACACUGACAGCUUGGUGGGCCAGCGCUUGCGAGAGAGCAAGCUGCCACAGGAUGACGACAGGCCCGCAGAUGAAUACGAUCAGCCCUGGGAGUGGAACAAAGUCACAAUCCCAGCCUUGGCAGCCCAGUUUAACGGGAAUGAGAAAAGGCAAUCUUCUCCUUCACCUUCAAGUGACAGGCGUCGACAGCUCCGAGCGCCAGGAGGUGGCUUCAAACCCAUCAAGCAUGGCAGCCCGGAAUUCUGUGGGAUCCUGGGAGAGAGAGUAGAUCCAACUGUGCCACUGGAAAAACAAAUAUGGUAUCAUGGCGCAAUCAGUCGGACAGAUGCAGAAAACCUGUUACGGUUGUGUAAAGAAUGUAGCUACCUUGUAAGGAAUAGUCAAACAAGCAAGCAUGACUAUUCUCUUUCCUUAAAGAGCAGUCAAGGUUUUAUGCACAUGAAACUGACAAAAACCAAAGAGAAAUACAUCCUGGGUCAGAACAGCCCCCCGUUUGACAGCGUCCCAGAAGUCAUCCACUACUAUACCACCAAAAAACUGCCCAUCAAGGGCGCAGAACACUUGUCCCUGCUUUACCCUGUAGCUGUCCGGACCCUAUAACACUCCACUCUCACUCCUUCCUGUGGAUGGGAGGGGACGGGCAAGCAAAGAAGCAGGAAUUCAUGCUGCAUCGAUGACCAGAACUCAGAAACUCGAGGUUGAAAUGGAGAUGUCCUGCCUUUCAUUUC